AUGUCGUCCUCAGCCCCCCUCACGACGCUCUCGCUGCCGUCCCUCGAGAGGAUCGCGUCCGGCAAGAACGGCAUCCCCAACAAGGGCGCCGUGCUGACGCUGCUGUCGCAGUUCUGGUUCCGCCUGCUCGCCGAGCGCGUGCCCGGGCCUGCGCACGCACUUCCUGUCGCUCGGCGCCCCGGCCUCGCUGCCGCUGACGCCGGCCGAGCGCGCCCUGACGGCCCACCGCGCCAUGCGCGUGCGCCGCCUCAAGGUGUUCUCCCGUCGAGGCCAUCGUGCGCGGCUACCUCGCCCGGCUCGGGCUAUGCCGAGUACGCCAAAAGUUCGAACCGGCCACGGGAUUUCCGCUGUCCGCCGGGCUGGGGCCAGCACGACGAGAACAUCCACCCCGACGCCGCCGCCGCCCUCGUCGGCGCCGCCUACGCCCCGGGCAUCGAGCGCCUCGCCCUCGCCCUCUACACCGCCGCCGCCGACUCGCGCUUCUGGCCCGCCGACCGCUACGAGGUCGGCCGCGAGCAGGAGAGCUUCGACAAGCAGUUUGUCCGCGACUGGCUCGUCGCCCGCGGCCUCAAGGGCGUCGACGGCGUCGCCGUCCCCGACGACGUCGCCGCCCAGACGGCCGAGAAGUACCGCGAGAUCUUCGAAAAGCUCACCGGCGAGCCCUUUGAGGCGGCAGUCGCUCGCGUCGGCGCCGCGUAG